GCUAUAGGAAGCGAAUUGAUUAGUUUUUCAUCGGUCCUUUAAUCCGGAUUAGCCUACAGUUUCAGGAUGAAGGACAGGCUUGCAGCCUUAAAAGCGGCCCAGAGCGACGACGACGAUGGCCCGGAUGACGUCACGGUCAACGUCGACAACCGCGAGGGCUUUAUGGAUGACUUCUUUGCGGAGGUGGAAGAAAUACGCGAAAACAUAGACAAAAUUCAGGCCAAUGUGGACGAAGUUAAGAAAAAGCACAGCGCCAUCCUUGCAUCGCCUACAACAGAUGAGAAGGUUAAGCAAGAGCUGGAGGACCUGAUGGCGGACAUAAAGAAAACAGCGAACAGAGUGCGAGGAAAGUUAAAAGGCAUUGAGCAGGGGAUCGAGCAGGAAGAACACACCAACAAGUCGUCUGCCGACCUGCGGAUAAGGAAAACGCAGCACGCCACGCUGUCGCGGAAGUUCGUGGAGGUGAUGACCGAGUACAACCGGACGCAGACCGACUACAGAGAGCGCUGCAAGGGCCGGAUCAAGCGGCAUAUGGACAUCACUGGAAAAAAUACAACAGACAAGGAGCUUGAGGACAUGCUUGAACAGGGCAAUCCUGCCGUUUUUACACAAGGGAUAAUCAUGGAGACACAACAGGCCAAGCAAACGUUGGCGGACAUUGAGGCGCGUCACGCUGACAUCAUGAAGUUGGAGAACUCGAUCCGAGAGUUGCACGACAUGUUCAUGGACAUGGCCAUGCUGGUGGAGAGCCAGGGAGAGAUGAUCGACCGUAUUGAGUAUCAUGUAGAUCAGUCGGUCGACUAUGUGGGCAAGGCCAUGGAGGACACGAAGAAGGCACUGAAGUACCAGCGUGGAGCACGAAGGAAAAAAAUAGCGAUCAUCAUUUGUUUGUUAAUCGUGCUGGUGAUCAUCGCCAUAGUAUUAAUAGUCCAGUUCACGUAGAGUGAUCGGCGUCGGCGGCGAGCCGGCUGGCCGGCGCGCGGUGUGACCGGUGGGGAGGAGGCACACCGGAAUGACUGCUGGGCACUGUACUGCCGUCGAUGUCCACCGGCGCCUGGCUCUUGCGCCGCCCAGAGCGCGCGACGGCGAAUUGUGGGCUAUCUUGUAUCGUCGCUAUGAAAUUACUGUGUCCAAAGACGAGGAACUCCUUGAUACAUUGUAUUGUGAUACUCUGGGGUAAUUUGAUGCGUUUGCGGUGCUUGUACCUUUGUACCUGUAUAUUUGCAUCCAUUAGAUUGUUGGGGGGAGGUAGUUCGUGGUAGUGCCGUAGUCCAUCACUCGCCUUGCUUUAGUCUGUGUCCACACACAAACACACAAACACACGCUUGUCCGUCAGUCUCGCCCUGGCGACGGCAGUGGUCACUCACUGAAACCAACGACAUGUUCCUCCGCUUUCGGUCCGUGCCCGGGCGCCGGCGUCCCGGACUUCUGGUGGCAGGCAGACGUGUCUGCGCCUUCAAGUCAUCUACAUCGUUGUUUGGGCUUGGUUGAGCGUAUGUGCGCCUGCGUGAAGUGUAUCCGUUACCAGAGUCGGCCCACGAGACAUCUCCCGGGGCUGGCGGCCUGGGUGUAGUUCCCGCUACACUGGCGGCCCGGCCCGUGACGUGCCCGCCGCCCGGCCGGCCGGCAUUUGCCAGCAGCCAGAUUGUACUGCGAUGGCUCGUUACCGGGAGAUGCUGUGUGUGAUGAGCGCCCGGAAGAAGUGUGCUCUGGAGCGUUGUUGAGUUUUAUUUUUGGAUACUUUUGGGCGAGAAAAGCUAGCAGGUAUACAUAUAUUAGCUACUAGUAACACGGACAGCGAUUGGGGAGGGGUGCCACAGCAUCUGUUGUCGAACUAGGAUUCAGCUAAUCUUGGACGGGCAUUGCCGAUCGCAGAAGGUGCUUUUUUUAAACCACUUAAUUCGAAGAAAGUUGCAGAUCUCAUAUUUGAAACGAAGUCUUCCUCUCAGCUUGCCUCUGAAUGCAUGGCGGAAAAGCACCGUAUUACGUCGUUUGUGGUAUUCCAUGCCGUCUGCCAUUGCCACUGUGGAUCUGAUGAGGACUUACAUGAAACACGAAAGGCCGAAGCGUAGGCAAAACGACAUGCUGUCAAAGCGACAGGUUACCUCAUGUAAGCGAGAGAGGACAAUGCGACUUAAGACCCGUGCACAUCAUACCAGUUAUUUCCUAAGCGACAUUGAAUUAGAGCGUGGAGUCGUCAUCGUUAGACAAGCAGGCGGGCGUGAAUCCGUGCUUGCUACACCGGGCUACAGUGCGGCGCUGCGUCAGUCCGGUUGGCCCUGGCCCUUUCGACCCAGGCGGGGACGGGCUGUGGCGAACUCCAACAUGUGGUCGCGACCUGCGACGAGCGCCCCGUGGUGGUGGAGCACUUGUUCGUCUAUAUUUGGCCUGCCUUGCGGUUUCAAACGCUGUGGUUGGAACAGAGGCUCACGGUCGGCAUUUGGCGGCGUGCUGGUCCGCCGACUGUGCCAUGCCUCCGUGCGAGGGUGUGACCAUCCUGUGCGGGGUAUGGAGGACUCCAGCCCCAUACGCGUUCGCGGAGGGAUCUUGCGUUUUCUGUCGUACUCUUGUCCUGUGCUCCGGGCGCUCUGUACUGGUGCGGGCCGUCGACUUCCUGUACCCUAGAAGGAAUGCGUGGGUCUCCUGUGUGCAGGAAUGUUCCGGCUCCCUGCAAUGUGCAGGAUUUGUGUCAUGUCCUGCGUGUGGGCCUGCCCUAUCCUUUCCGUGUGUCGGGGUCUGUGGGUUCCCGUGCAUUCCGUCGUGACAGUAUCGUCCGUUACGCCAGGCGGCCAGGCAAUGCGUCUUCCCAAGUUUCGGGACCCAACUCUGCGACCAUGGCUACUGGCUCAAAGCAAAAAAAGCAAAACUGACAUCGAACAUGACAUUUUUAAGAGAUGCCGUGGAUUGAUAAAGAUCUUAAAAAUCCCAUGCCUAAUUUCCCCGUAAAUGGACACGAUUGGUGUGUGUCACCACAGAGGACCGUGACCAAUCAGAAUUGACCUUGUGUCGGCGCGCUCUUGCGGUCUCGGA